AUGAAUUUAAAAAAAAAGACAUUGAUUUCUGAUUGCAGUGCCAAUUUUAUAACUUCUCUCUCCUUUUUUCUUUCUCAUCUCUCUCUCCUUUUUUCUUUCUCAUCUCUCUCUCCUUUUUUCUUUCUCAUCUCUCUCCUGUUUUCUUUCUCUUCUCUCUCCUGUUUUCUUUCUCUUCUCUCUCCUCUCUUCUUUCUCUUCUCUCUCCUUUUUCUUUCUCUUCUCUCUCCUCUCUUCUUUCUCUUCUCUCUCCUUUUUACUUUCUCUUCUUUCUCCUCUCUUCUCUCUCUUCUCUCUCCUGUUUUCUUUCUCUUCUCUCUCCUCUCUUGUUUCUCUUCUCUCUCCUCUCUUGUUUCUCUUUUCUACCAUCUCUUCUUUCUCUUCUCUCUCCUUUUUACUUUCUCUUCUCUCUCCUCUCUUCGUUCUCUUCUUUCUCCUUUUUUCUUUCUUUUUUAUUUCCUCUCUUCUUUAUUUUCUCUCCUUUUUUUCUUUCUCUUCUCUCUCCUCUCUUCUUUCUCUUCUCUCUCCUCUCUUCUUUCUCUUCUCUCCUCUCUCUUCUUUCUCUUCUCUCUCCUUUUUUUCUCUUCUCUCUCCUCUCUUCUUUCUCUUCUCUCUCCUCUCUUCUUUCUCUUCUCUCCCCUCUCUUCUUUCUCUUCUCUCUCCUUUUUUUCUCUUCUCUCUCCUCUCUUCUUUCUCUUCUCUCUCCUCUCUUCUUUCUCUUCUCUCUCCUUUUUUCUUUCUCUUCUCUCUCCUCUUUUCUUUCUCUUCUCUCCCCUCUUUUCUUUCUCUUCUCUCUCUUUUUUACUUUCUCUUCUCUCUCCUCUCUUCGUUCUCUUCUCCCUCCUUUUUUCUUUCUCUUCUUUCUUUUUUUCUUCUCUCCUUUCCCUUUUUCUUCUCUCUCCUCUUUUCUUUCUUUUUCUCUCUUCUUUCUCUUUUUUCUUUCUUUCUCUUUUCACUUCUUUUCUUUCUCUCUCUCUUCUUUCUUGCAAAUUGUGUAACUUUUCCUUUCUCUUUUCUUCUUCCUCUCUUUUCUUUCAUUCACUCUCUUCUGUCUCUCUCUUCUUUCUCUCUCUCUGUCUAUUCUUUCUUCAUCUCUUUUCUCUCUGUUUUCUUCUUCUCUCUUUUAUCUCCUUUCUCUUUUCUCUCUUUCUUUUUCCCCCUUUCUCUUUUCUCUAUCGCUCUCUUUUUUACUAUCAAAAGAAGAACUCGAAUACGGAUAUGGAAUAA